AUGAACCUCGGAAACUCUGACUUGCUGGACUUGUGGCUGGAGCCCCCAGAAGAUGUCUUCUCCACAGGAUCCUUCCUGGAUCUAGGACUCAACUGUCCUCCUUCAGAAGUCCCAAUGACCAGGCCACAAGAACCAGGGCUGCAAGGCUGGGAGCCCAGUGGGGGCCAUGGCUGUGGUCUCCAAGAGAGUGAGCCUGAAGACUUCCUGAAGCUUUUCAUUGAUCCUAAUGAAGUGUACUGUUCAGAAGCAUCUCCUGGCAGUGACAGUGGCAUCUCCGAGGAUCCUGGCCGCCCAGACAGUCCCCCAGUCCCCAGGGCCCCCAGUUCUCCUGCUCUCUAUGAAGUUGUAUAUGAAGCGGGGGCCCUGGAAAGUAUACAGGGGGAAGCUGGGCCAACAGUAGGGCUCAUUUCCAUCCAGCUAGAUCAGUGGAAUUCCUCCUUUAUGAUGCCUAACGCCUGCAUGGUCAGUGAGCUGCCUCUUAGUGCUCACGCCCACAUCCUGCCCAAAGCUGCCACUGUAGCCCCAGUGCCUCCUGCGACGCUGCUCCCACAUCAAACUCUGUUCCUGACAGAUGAGGAGAAACAUUUGUUGGGGCAGGAAGGGGUUUCCCUGCCUUCUCAUCUACCCCUCACCAAGGCAGAGGAGAGAGUCCUCAAGAAAGUCAGAAGGAAAAUCCGUAACAAGCAGUCGGCUCAGGACAGUCGGCGCAGAAAGAAAGAAUACAUCGAUGGGCUGGAGAGCAGGGUUGCUACCUGUUCUGCACAGAACCAGGAACUACAGAAAAAAGUUCAGGAGCUGGAGAGACACAACAUCUCCCUGGUGGCUCAGCUCCGACAACUGCAGAUGCUCAUUGCCCAAACCUCCAACAAAGCUGCCCAGACUAGCACUUGUGUUCUGAUCCUUCUUUUUUCCCUGGCUCUCAUCAUCUUGCCCAGCUUUAGCCCCUUUCACAAUUCACCAGAAGCUGGGCCUGAAGAUUACCAGCCUCAAGGAGUGAUUUCCAGAAAUAUCCUGACCCACAAGGAGACGCCAGAGUAUCUAGAUACUCUACUGGCAGAGUCCAGAUUGUGGAUGCCUUCUGGGGCCAAGAGUGCAAAUGGCUCAACAAGGACACAGCUUAAGAAGAUGGUAGGAAAGACAGGCUCCAGCAGGCUUCUCAGAACUGUGCUGCAUGCAGAUGAGAUGUGA